CAAAGAGACUUACAGAUGUCAUGUCUUCUGAUGUUUCAGAAACGCUGCAGAAAAAUUGGUGUGUUCAAACUGCUGUGACAGUCAUGAUUCUGCCCAUUAAAAACCCAAUGCAAAAGAUUUGACCUCUGUUACCCCUAUACCCCCCUUCCUGUGUAUCUCUCUCUGUUCCCAGUGUUACAUGUUCCACAUGUAUGUGGGAGUGCGAGCAAGUGGAGGAAUUGGUGACCUGAUUGAGGAUCCAGCUGGUGAUGAGUAUGAGAUCUACCGGAUCAUCUUCGACAUUACUUUCUUCUUCUUUGUCAUUGUAAUCCUCCUGGCUAUCAUCCAGGGGUUAAUCAUUGAUGCCUUUGGAGAUCUGAGGGAUCAGCAGGAACAAGUGAAAGAAGACAUGGAGACCAAAUGUUUUAUCUGUGGAAUAGGUAAUGACUACUUUGACACCGUGCCACACGGCUUUGAAACGCACACUCUACAGGAGCACAACUUAGCCAACUACCUAUUCUUUCUGAUGUAUCUCAUCAACAAAGAUGAAACAGAGCACACAGGCCAGGAGUCUUACGUAUGGAAAAUGUACCAGGAACGUUGUUGGGAGUUUUUCCCCGCUGGUGACUGUUUCCGGAAACAGUAUGAGGAUCAGCUCAACUGAGUCAACCUUGGAGUGACAGACUCUUAACUCUGAAAGGCCGACUGCAGCCAUCUGGCCUCUGCUUGUCCCUCAAACGUUUAUUACUUUUCUGAGGAGGCUGUACCAAAUGAUGGGUUCCUCUCUAUGCGUCAUCUCUCCUCAAGUGGCCAGGCUCUUCAACGAGAUGCACCCUGCCAUUGUCAUCCAGACAGUCAGCUCCACCCCCGACCUUUAGCACACUCUGCUUUUGAGACCUUGUACAUAGAAAACUUCAGAAAAUAUGAUGUACAAUACAUGACAGGUAGCAGGUCUAGAAUUUUUUCACUCUGAUGACUUCCUUGCUUCCUCUUAUUCUAUAUUCAAAGUAACUUGCAAAAAAUACAAAGGAUUAAUGGAUUGAGGGUAAAAGAAGAAACCUAAAGAAUGUUUUACUUUUAAUAUGACCAUGUCUACGCCCUUUCAUGUUUAUAAUGCACGAUUCAUAUAGGUACAGGUGGUGGAUACAAUAAUCAAACAAGUUGACGACUUAUUCUGGCAAGAAGAACUCUGCAGCAAAUCUACACUUCAAUAAGCUUAAAGACGUGCUGACCUGAAUACGAUGGACAACGAAAAUCGAACACAGCACCAAAGUGGAGACUUCAGAACAAUCAGAAAGCUGAAUGAAGCCCCUGUGCAAAGAGGAACAUUUUCACAAACAGAGCUGCUGUGUUGAGUUGAAUUACAGUUUGGUCCAAGAGUUUGAACAAUGACACAUGUUCUUCUCACUUUACUUACUUAUACCACCAUCACAGUGGAUCUCAAGUCAAACAAUGUAGAUCACUAAAUACUUGAUUUGCCU